AUGGAGAAACCCGACCAAACCACUACCACCGCCACUACCUCUACUACAGGUAGUACUACAGGUAGUACGACAACCAUCAAACCCAACGCAGAAGAACUCGCUUUACAUCGAUGUCCUCGAUGCAGCCUCGAUACGAGAGAAGAGGAAGAACUCUAUAAUGAUGAGCAGCACGACGAUAACAAAACCAACGACAAGAAUGACGACGAGGAAAAAACUGGCCGAAGAAGAGGAAAUAGAAGAAGAAGGAGUAGUGCGGUGCAGGAACUUGCUGUAGAGUUGGUAAGGAAGAUUCGUCGUUCUCAUUCUCAUUCUCAUGUUGGGAAGGAGGAGGGGUUUUAG